UUUAAUCGGUACAGUUUACGUGACCCGGAAGUUUGGUGGAGCGUUAGCUAAAAAAACAAUUGGCUUACCCCCACCACGUUCGUUCAAGCUGCACCAGAUAAGGCAGUCGGACCUAUCAGUCAUGGACACUUACGUUUUAUUUCGAGGAUCCAAGCGUGUGACUCUUAAGGAGGAGGACAUGACAACGGAGAAAAUCAGCAGGAUUUUCCAGGUUCAUGGCUCCAGUGUCUACAUUACUGAUGACACCAAUGUUGCCAUAUUUCCUGGAAACGAUGGUCACUUCAGCACCAUUGACCUCAGAGUAAGGGGGCAUUAUGAAGUGCAUGGAGAGAGUGAUGCUGUGGGGGAGCCAUCCAGUGUGCCUGUCCCCUUCGCCUUCCGCCGCCCAUCUAGUGUCGCUGCUGGUUCAGCUCUAACUGCAAGGCCUUCUCCAAGAGCACCAGUGACAAAGACAUACCAAAGGACAAUUUUUGUUGCUGAUCUUGUGGAAGGCAUGUUGGAAACAAGCAAAACCCUGACAGUUAGAUUCUCGGAAUUUGAGGCGUCUGUCAUGGGCAUCACAAAUAAAGUAAAUGAUGCCCUUGAACAUGAGGACUCCUUCAUUCUUACGGAUGGUCAGGGGAAACGGAUUUUGGAUACAGAAGGAACCAGAGGAGCCGCUUUUUGGAAACAAAAUGCUAGGAAGGUGUGUGCUGUGAAAGAAGGAGAUUUGCAGCAGUUACAAGGAAGCAAAAAAAGAAGACUGAGUCGGCGAGAUGAUAAUGGUCUAGAGGCAGUGUACGACACAAUUGAAGAGGUGGUCCUGGCAGCACAGGGUCUUCGGGAGGUGUCAACUACAAUUAAGGAGCUGACACAUCUGGCAAGUUCCAACAGAAGAACACCAGUGUCCUUGACUGAGGCUGAAGCAGCUGCUGUUAAGGAAGCCUUUUCCUGUAUUAUCUGCAAGGGUCCAGUGGUCGACCCCAUGGUGUCUUCGUGUUGCCAUAGCAUUGUUGGCUGCAGGAGCUGCAUUGAACAAUGGCAGCAGAAUUCUGCAUUUUGUCCAAAAUGCAGAGCAGAUGAUUUUGGUAGAAAUGCACAAAAACUUACUGGAUUGUCUGAUGCACUGGCUGCACUGGACAAAAUACUGUACCAGUAAAACUGUACAGUAUUUACUUGUGUUCAUGCUGUUCAUCUUUAGUGUUUGCAUCUCUUGCAAUGUUUUAAUGAUUCACUCAAAGCACUUUUGACUGUUUAAAAAUGUUUAUGCAACUUCAAACUGUUAUUUUAUUUUGCCAAAACUGUGUUUCAGUUUUAAGACAGUACCUUAAAUUUGCACUAUUUUAUAUUGUAUAUUUUCUGUAUUUUACAGUAAAAAUGGAAAACCUAGAAAUUAGGACUCUGUUACUGUUUUGUUGAGUUUUGAGCUCAACCUCAAAUUAUAUCCUAAGCUUUUGUAUUUUUCUAUACCUUUUGUAAUUCUAAAAAGGUUGAAUAAAACAGUUGAAAGAAAUUGUUUUCCAAAAUUAUUUAACUGAAAUUAUGGCAGCUUUGUAACAUAUGAACAACUACAGAAUUGUUAAGUAAAAAAACUAAAUUCUUUGCUUAUCCAGCAAAUCAAGCAGACCACAUGCUGUGAAAACACAACUAAAACAUUUAAUUUUUUCAGACAUAUCUCGCUGUCACAUUCAUUAAGCAGAUUAAGGCAUCUUGGAAAGGAGUAUCAUCAUUGUUUACCACAUGAUUAAAAAUGAGAGAGAUGUCAGGGUAGUUCUCUGCAAAGAUCUGCUCAGCAUGGCAUCUGUCUUCUUCACAUGAAAAUGGAUCAGCUCCAAAUACAGACUCCCAAGUUAGUGAGGAUCCCAAGUCUUGCUCAUAUAGGUUUCCCACAACAGAAGCACAUGGCAGCAGCUCCUCGGAUACUUUAGCCAGGCAGCCAUCUGCUGCUAGUUCAUUGGGUAUUCCACGACCUAAAACGUAAUCCAAAAAAAAUGGUUGGAUUGGAAAAAAAGAAGCAAUAAUUCUAUCGUGAAAACUAUCAGUUAAGCAUAC